UUCAACAGCGACAAUGUGGUUUUAUAAAUCACCUGGCUUCUAUACUUGGCUUUAAUUGCGUAAGAUUAUUGUCAGGUGAAGAAGACAAAAACAAUUCCACAUUUAUUUGGUUCAAAAGGUGGAAAAUGGAAAAAAACGGUGAAGAUAUAGCUAUUAUCGGAAUAGGGUGUAACUUUCCUGGAGGCGAAGGCAUUGAUAAUUUCUGGAAAGUUCUUCUUCAGGGAAGGAACUGUGUGGUUGACAUUCCACCAAAUCGGUUCGAUACGACAUUCUGGUAUAACACUGAUGGCAACAAAGCAGGGAAAAUGAUCACAAAACGAGCAAGUUUAAUCGAAGGGUUUAAUGAAUUUGACCACAACCUCUUUGACAUAAGGCAAAUUGAAGCCAAUAGUAUGGACCCACAACAUAAACUUCUGUUGGAGUGCACAUACAAAGUGUUUGAAAAUGCAGGGAUUCCUAUGGAAGAAAUCAGUGGGAGUAAAACGGGUGUUUUCAUUGGACUCAUGAAUCGUGAUUACGAGGGGAUUUCAAAUAACUUCGCCAAAAAUAUCACCCAUUAUAAUGGGACCGGAUCAGCAAUGAGUAUAGCAGCAAAUAGGAUUUCAUUUGCUUUCAACCUUACUGGACCAUCAUUGGCUAUUGAUACAGCAUGUUCUUCAUCACUUGUGGCUUUACAUUAUGCUGCUCAAGCCAUCAAGCAAGCUAUGUUGACCUAA